AUGUCCAGCGAGGAGGAUACGAUUGUACCCAUCAAACUUGCGCAAAGAUUUAUUCACAUCAUCGACUUUCAUGCUGAUCCAGUGACUUGCGUGAGUGCUUCUUCUGGAACUGUUUCCUACGAUUCCAUCCAAUCGCCACGUCAUGGUCGCAGUGAUCUCAUAUUGGCUCAAGAUGCAAUUCAUUGUGUCUCACAGCCUCCUCGUCCGCAUGACGUCUCCAAAUUGAAGAGAGUUUUCAAUAAGGAACUUCUGGAAAUUCUAAUUCCACUGGAUCUUGACACAUUUCGAGCAAUGAAAAAAGAGACAUUCGUCAGAAGACUUGGAAUGAGAACUGUUUCAAAACCAGUCAACGAUUUCAUUGCAGCAUCGAAAGAGUUUGAUUUGGCAUUGAAAGAAUGUUUGGUGAAUUUUAAGAAAUCGGAAAAUGACGAAACGAAAAAAGGAGUUUUCAAUAUCAAUAUUGAAUUUCCAUCGAAGAUUCCAGUUCCAGUCAAUCAGCCGGCUGAAAAAUUUUCGAUUUCUCAAACGACAUUGACUCCAAAACUGUCGUCUCGAAUUCUGGAUUUGCACGGAUCAAAGUUGGAUGGUCAAGAGCAAGUGGAUGUUGCUCUCAUAAUGUGUCCUGAUAAAUUUUAUUCUUGA